UGAGCCUGUUAUUUUGCCAUAUGAAUCAUACAAACGUCUAAUGCCAGCUAAUUAAUCAAUCGACCUAACAAUAUUUAAGUUUUUUAAAACUCUAUUUAAGGACGGGUAUAGGUAGUUCACUUUUCUUCCCUACACAACUUACAUAUUUUACGUACUCCAUGGUUGAAUCAAGUGUGUGAAAAUGCUGAUGAGGCUUCUGAUUAUCCUGUUUUUGGGUCUGGUGGCGUUACAUGAUCAUAAUGGUGUAGUACAAGGCAUUGAAGUGGCUGUGUUGAGGAAAUUGGCAGCCAAAAACAAUGUAACAUGUUUGUUGGUGUUUGGAGAUUCAAGUGUAGAUCCUGGAAACAACAACCAUCUUUCUACAAUAAACAAGGCUAAUUACUUGCCUUAUGGGAUGGACCUUAACUCUCAACCUACUGGCAGGUUCUCUAAUGGAAAACUUGCCACAGAUUUUAUUGUGGAGGCACUUGGUUACGUAAAUAUGACCAGAGCGUUUCUAGACCCACAAAUAAACAAGGUGGAUAUGCUACACGGUAUUAGUUUUGCUUCAGCUGGCUCUGGUUAUGAUGAUCUCACCGCCAAUUUCUCGAAUGCAAUGACACUAGCGAAGCAAAGAGAGUAUCUGAGGCACUAUGAAAUCCACUUGAGUAAAAUGGUGGGAGUUGAUAAAGCAAGAGAAACUAUGAAAAAUGCACUAUAUAUAUUAAGCAUGGGCACUAAUGACUUCCUACAAAAUUACUUUCUGGAAGUUAUACGUUCCAUGCAAUACACAGUGGAACAGUAUCAGAACUUCUUGAUCCGUUCCCUGUUUACUCACGUCAAGAUAAUUCAUAGUCGAGGAGCCAGAAGAUUGGCAGUGGUCGGAGUUCCUCCUCUUGGGUGUGAACCACUUAUUAGAACCAUUCGAGAUGAUGAAACCAAAUGCGAUGAUGAUUUAAACAAAGUUGCUUUUACUUUCAAUCUCAAAAUCAAAAGAGAAUUGCAAGCACUUAAAAGAUUAUUUGGAAUUAAAGUUGCCUACAUUGAUAUUUAUAGCAUCAUUCUGGAAGCUGUCCAAAAUCCCCAAAAAUUCAGUUUUACAGAGACAAGUAAGGGGUGUUGUGGGACAGGAACAGUAGAAUACGGAGAGAGUUGUAAGGGGUUGAAAACUUGUGGUGAUCGAACAAAGUUUGUGUUCUGGGAUGCUGUUCAUCCUUCUGAGAAAAUGCAUAAGAUUAUGGCUAAUGAAGCUCUUAAAGCUAUUAAUGUUGAUUUACUAGACUAAUAAUCAUCUUUUUUCCUUUUAAUCAUUUUGUUAAUUAUUGUUACAAUUGUUUCCUACCAAUAGUUUGUAUUCAUCUUUUCCUCUA